AUGGUCAUACCAAGCAAUCAAUUACCAGUACCAGGAUCAACGGGAAUACCAGCUAAAUGGGAUUCUCGGUACGCUGGCCAUGUUCCACAUGACACAUCAUAUUAUUCAAAAUGUGUUCUUGGUGGCAUUCUGGCUUGUGGUCUUACACAUACAGCUAUUUGUCCACUCGAUGUUACAAAAUGUAAUAUGCAAGUUAAUCCUGAUAAAUAUAAAGGUUUAGUCAAAGGUCUUCGAUUAAUUGUCGCUGAAGAAGGCAGUCGAGCCAUAUGGAAAGGUUGGCUACCAACAUUUUUUGGCUAUUCAGCGCAAGGAGCAUUCAAAUAUGGUCUUUAUGAAGUCUUUAAAGAUCAGUAUGCGAAUAUGCUUGGUAAAGACAAUUUUGAAAGAUAUAAAGGCCUUGUUUGGUGUGCAGCAUCAGCAUCAGCUGAGUUUUUUGCUGAUAUGGCAUUAUGUCCACUUGAAAUGGUUAAAGUCAAAGUUCAAACAGCACCAAAAGGUACAUUUCCAAUAGCUUUUGGUCAAGCUUGGUCACAAAUGAAUGCUCAUCGAGCAGAAACGGGCUUUCCAUACCGAUCACUUAUACCAUUAUGGUCACGACAAAUUCCUUAUACAGUAGCAAAAUUUUUCUUCUUCGAAAAAGUCGUACAAUUAUUUUAUACAUAUGUAUUUACACAACCAAAAGAUACAUACUCAAAAACAACACAACUCGGUGUUACAUUUGCUUCUGGUUAUACAGCCGGUGUUAUUUGUGCUAUUGUUUCACAUCCUGCUGAUUCACUUGUUUCUCUUCUUGGUAAACCAGCUAAUAAGGGCAAGAGUUUAGGACAAAUUAUUAAUGAAACUGGAUUUGCUAAACUUGCUACUAAGGGUCUUGGUACUCGUAUUCUUAUGAUUGGUACAUUGACUGGUCUUCAAUGGUGGAUUUACGACACAUUCAAAACAGCCUUGGGUAUGGGAACAACUGGCGAUCGACCACUUGUUAUUAUUAAUUCCAUAGGAAUUAUUAUUGGAACAAUUUUUAGUAUUUUAUGUAUAAUAAGAUAUCUAAAAAAUUCUGAUUUACGAACUCAUUACACAUACAUAUUUUAUUUUAUGUUAAUCUAUUGUCUACUUUCAUCAGUGAUUCGAUCACCUACUUUUUUAAUCGGUCAUUAUUUAAAUCUUUUUAAAUAUUCUAUUUCUCUUUGUAAUAUAUCAACUAUUCAUUAUUUAACAGUAAAUAUUGGUAUGGUUACAUCAUUAGCAUAUGCAAGUAUUGAAAGACAUUUUUUAAUAUUUCAUAAAAAUGGUUUAUUAACAUGGCGACGUCAAUUAUUACCAGUUACAUUCAUUUUAGUUUAUUCGUAUAUCAUAGGAAUACUUUUUACAUUAAUACCAACAUGUACAAAUAUACUAUGUAUUGGUUGUUAUGCAACAAGACUUCGUUAUAUGAUUCCAUGGAUUAUCAUAAGUUUUUUUCUACCACAAUUAGUAAUGAUUAUUUCAACAAUUUAUUUAUUAUUUCGUUUACAUCAACAAAGAACAAUGUUUAAUCGAAGACCAGAAUGGUCUGCUUUAAAAAAGAUUGCUAUACAAAUGAGUAUUUAUGUUAUAUGGUCAUGUCUUUGUUAUUGUCCAAUAUCAUUUUAUAGUUUAAGUAUAAUUAUUGAUACGUCUCGUUUUUCACCAGAUCUUAAAACAGCGAUGGAUAUUAUUAAUACAACUAUUUUAGAAACAUAUCCAAUAUUAACUUUUAUUUCAAUGUUGUUAUUUACACGACGUAGACAGGUACAACAGAAAAGGCAAUCAAGUUUAAAAUUAAAUAAUAUAGCAACAAUAAUAACACCUCCAAGUGACCGACAAUCGUAG